CCUUCUCCCCUUUCCAUCAGCACAUCCAAGAAUACCAGGGCAGAAUCUCUCUGAACCUAACGGUUAACUAAAAUGCGCCGAAUUUUGCGAGCGCAAAUUGGCACAACUUCAAGUCAAUGGUUCCGACCACGUGGAUGUCAUCCAGUGACGCAAUUAACGCUUCUUCCCCUUCUACCACCACCAUCCACGUCGCGUUCUGGCCUAUUCGCUGUCCUCAUUGUCGCCCUACACCCAGAUCCUGUAUUAUCGCAGGACAUGGGUUCGUACUUGCUCUCGUAGCCUCCUAUUGUUGGUCUUUUACCGGUGGAUAUAUGCGCCAUGUUUGGACACCUUUAGCAGCAAUACGUCUUUGGAAAUCCCGUUUGAGCAGAAAGAUAUCUGGAUCUCUGAGUUGCUCCAUAUGCCGUCUAGGCAUAGCUUCGGGUGUGGUGAUGGUCGUGUUUGCCAUCGUUCCCGCUGGCUUUUAUUUCGGCCAUCUAUUUCGGUACAUCUAUCUUGACGUCGGGAAACACGGUUGAGGUAUCCGAGCGGGACAGAGCCAGCCGUGGACGGAAUGGGAAGGAUGCUGCUACUUAGCGUAGUACGUACUAGUAGCAAUCUGAUUCUAUGCAUAUUAAUAGCAAUAAAAUCGAGCCCCAAAAAGCCUAAUGGAACCCUAUGACACCGACACACUGAGCUCGAAAUGGCUCGAUUUGAGCUGGAAAAUGGUUCACAUUUUGAAGCCACAACGAG